AUGCUCGCCGAUCAGACACAGAAGGACGAUGAGCCACAUCAUUUGAGCUAUCUAGAGAAGACUGAACAUCUCCCGUCGUCGAAGAAUAUGACAGGUUCCAGUGCCAAGUUCACACCUCCUCCGUCCCCUCCAUCACCCACCGCUUCCUUCUACGACGUCAGCGACGACGAAGAGGACGAGUACAACACCAUUUCGCAUGCAACGUCUCGGAGAGGGGUCAAAUUACUUUUUUCUAAGAGCAAGGUUUACGUCCAUCCGACCCCUUCUUCCAAAGAUAAUAUCCCCGGAUUCAUUGCCCUCAUUCAACAAAAGCCUGCAUCACUACGUUCAGAAAAUGUGGCGUCUUCGAAAAAUACCGAUACUUCUUCCUAUCUCCUCGCCUGGGUUCCGGAAUCUUCCUUAGGGGACGCAUACAGUACCUAUGUCAAAGUCGAUCUCGCAGACGACUCAUCUCCUCCAAAGCAGAGAUACUUGGUUCCCCCGUUACCGGCAACAACCACUUACAGGGACCCAAUCGGCCUAUAUGCCUUUGCUGUACCGCUCUCCGAGAUAUACUCGUUACUUGUUCGACCGCCGAGUCUAGGGUGGUGGUUUGGAAGUCUGGUCAUCAACACCCGUGUGGGCGAUAGCUUUCCCGCACUGUUUUUCCAUGAUAGUGAAUGCGAGUCGACGAUACUGCAAAAGAGAAAGAGGACUAGAGAAUCCUUUGAUCCAUUUGGCGAGGAUGGCAAUGUGUUUUGGGGCGGUGAUGAAGUCUUGAGGUGGCUUCGGAGAUACACCGAAGUCCAGCGCUCUGCCGUCGAUCACAGUGUUUAUUUAAUCAACCCGUCCGAUGAAGAUCGAAUGUCUUUUGGUCGAUCGUUAACGGCUGGCGAAUCAGAGACCCAGAGAUCUGCUCCAGUCGCCAGUGCAGCGCAACCCGGUGAAAACAGGCAACCAGAUGCAGGAAUGGACCCCUUCGUAAAAGCGCUCAAGGAGACCAGAUGGAAGGUACUAGAGCAGCUGAGCAAGAUCACGACGUUUACAAGGCGCACCGCCAACGAGAUAGCCGACAGUCCCCGGAUUCCCCCGCAAGUUCGUCGACUAAUGCGAACGCCUGAAAUUCAGACCCUGCAGGAUGAGUUUGACAGCGCCAGAUUAUACUUGGCUCGGUGGGCAAUGAGUAUCUCCGAGCAGAGUGAGAGGGAAAGAAAUCAACGGAUAUGGACUGCCCGAGAUGUUCUGGAAAUGGAAAAUAGCUCCGUGGGAGAUUUUGAGAUCCUAGAGCUGGAGACGGGGACUAUGGCCAUCCACGAGCGACGCAAGAUUGUAAAGUUGAAGGAGUGGGAAGGGUUCUUUGACCCAAGUACCGGCAGAUUGCAUGUUACUGUCGAGGAAGUGAAGGAGCGAAUCUUCCAUGGAGGUCUUGACCCCAGCGACGGCGUGAGAAAGGAAGCAUGGCUCUUCCUUCUCGGAGUCUACCCAUGGGAUAGCACUAGAGACGAACGCCAGGCAUUGAUGAAUUCUAAGCGAGAUGAGUACAUUCGAUUGAAAGGAGCUUGGUGGGAAACAAUGAUUGAAGGUUCUUCCACGACCGAACAGUACGAUUGGUGGAAAGAGCAAAGAAACCGCAUAGAGAAGGAUGUUCACCGUACGGACCGCACAAUCCCUCUGUUUGCCGGAGAGGAUAUUCCUCAUCCAGACCCGGAUUCGCCAUUUGCCGACACGGGAACCAACGUGCACUUGGAGCAGAUGAAGGACAUGCUUCUGACGUACAAUGAAUACAACCCCGACCUAGGUUAUGUGCAAGGCAUGAGUGAUCUCUUAGCCCCAAUUUACGCUGUGAUGCAAGACGACGCAGUUGCUUUUUGGGCUUUCGUUGGAUUUAUGGAUCGAAUGGAACGAAAUUUCCUCCGUGAUCAGUCCGGAAUGCGCGUCCAGCUUCUUACCUUGGAUCAUCUCCUGCAACUAAUGGACCCUCAGCUCUAUCUCCAUCUUCAGUCUGCCGACAGUACAAAUUUCUUUUUCUUCUUCCGGAUGCUUUUAGUAUGGUACAAGCGCGAAUUCGAAUGGGCCGAUAUCCUACGUCUCUGGGAGACUCUUUGGACCGACUAUCUAACCAGUAACUUUCACCUAUUCAUUGCCCUAGCAAUCCUAGAGAAGCACCGAGACGUGAUCAUGGACCAUCUGAAACAUUUUGACGAGGUCCUGAAGUACAUCAACGAACUUUCCAACACCAUGGAACUCCUGCCGAUCCUCACCCGCGCCGAAUCACUUUUCCGUCGUUUCGACCGCGCAGUCCAGGCUAUAGAUAAGAAGAACAAUUUCCCUGCCCCCUCAGCACUGCAACGACGUCCAAUCCAGGGCUCCGCGGAUGACGGGAAAGGCAAAACGCGUCAGCAACCCGCAAACGCCGGUUUUAGCAGCAGCGUCAAUGCCAGGCCCAGUGCACCACCAUCUGAAGGAUCCAACGCGGAAGCCAAAGUCAUCUCGCUGGAAUUAAGAGAUCUAUUCAAGAAGCAAAUUUUCUGGAAGCGACAACCAGCCUUGGAACCGCCCAGUCCGAAACAGAGUCCACCGUAG